AUACUCAAAAGUUUUCGUUAUUUGAGCAAAGAAAAAGAAAGAAGGAGAUGGCUAGAGACAGGUCAAGUGUGGUGACUAGUAUUGCAGAGAGAUGGAGAGAACUGAGUGGUGAGAAUGACUGGAAGGGUCUGUUGGAUCCUUUAGACAUUGAUCUUCGCCUCUCUAUACUUCACUAUGGGGAUAGAGUUGCAGCUACUACCUAUGCUUUCAACGAUAAGGUGUCCUCUGAUUGUCGAGGCUUCAGCAGGUAUCCUCCAGAGGAAUUCUUCUCCAAGCUUGGUGUAACGAAACGUAAUCCCUCAUUGGAUUAUACUCUCACAGACUUCAUUUAUUCAAGAGUAGAGAAGGAUGUGUUCCACUGGGAUAGUGAACCAAUAUCCACUUGGUGUGCUUAUGUGGCGGUUGCCACAGAUGAGGCGAAGACUAAGCUUGGGAGGAGGGAUAUUGUGGUUUCUUGGAGAGGAGUCAUGUUGAAUGUGGAGUUGCAUAAAGGUCUUCAAGCUUUGCCAUGCUUAGCUUCGGACUUAUUUGGAAAUUGGCAUUUGCCUCUACCUUUCGUGCACUCUGGUUUUCACAGCCUCUACACCUCAAAAGACCAAAACUCUACUUACAAUAAGACUAGUGCAAGAGAGCAGGUACUAGCAGCUGUGAGAAAACUGGUGGAUCAAUACAAGGAUGAGGAGGUGAGUAUAACAAUUACAGGCAAUAGUUUAGGAUCAGCACUGGCGACCUUAAAUGCAGUGGACAUAGCUUAUAAUGACUAUAACAAGCCAUCAAGUGAGCCAAAACAGAGUUUUCCAGUGACAGCCAUUGUCUUUGCUGGUCCCCGAGUCGGAGACUUAGGAUUCAAGAAGAUAUAUGAUGAUCUGAAAGAUGUCCAUGUGUUGAGAAUAACAAAUGCCAAGGACCCAGUUCCUAACUUUCCACCAAAUUUUGACCCAAUUCCUGACCUUCCACCAAUUGGGCCUAUUCAUGUUGGAGAGAACUUACCAAUUGACACCAGCGAGUCUAAGUUUUUGAAGAGCGACGUUUCCCCACAUAUGUUGGAUGUUUACUUACAUGGAGUCGCAGGCACACAAGGGAGUAAAGGGGGAUUUAACUUGGAAGUUCCUUUUGAUCUUGCAAUUAUAAACAAACUUACAGAUGGUUUAACGGAUGAAUAUAAUAAGAAUAUACCAGCUGAGUGGUGGGUUGAGGAGAAUAAGGGUAUGGUUCAAAAUGAUGAUGGAACCUAUACGGCGCAAUUUUAUGUGCCAGAUCCUCCUGUUGUGCCUCUCAAUUGAACGGAGAAGAAAAUUUACCUAAAUUAAAUUUAGGUAAAAAUUAUUCUUAAAUGGAAGCUAAAUUCAAUAAAAGUCAUCAAACUGUUACAAGCUUGAUGAAUUAUAUGGUUUGAAAAGCCUCCUAGAAAUUUCGGUGUGAAGUAUUGUAUAAUAUAAUAAUGUUAUUAAAUAAUGUCAAUCAAAUCUCGCAGCUAUGUUUAAA